CUAAUUUUAUGAACUGACUUUCUAUUUCACUGAGCAGUAAUCACUGUUACUUUUGUUAUUAGAAAAUUUAUCGAUUUUACUGAUUAGUGCUCACAGGUCAAGAAUCAUUCACACAAACUUUACAUUCAUUUUAUUCAGAAGAGAUUCGGAAGUCGAUGUUGUAGCAAUAUGGAAAGAAAUAGUGAAUUGAUCCAUUCUUCAAUACCACUUGGAAAUACUGAUGACAAGCAGAAUAUUGACAAAGGUUCAUCUCUUAUUAGACAAUUGAAAAAGAGUAUUGAGAAUAUUCCAAAAGUUACAAAUGACACUUAUCAAACCAUUACUUAUUCUGCACCGAAUCAAAAACAACUCGAUGAUCUUCAAAAAGAGCUAGAGAAGCAUACACGAGCUGUACAUGAUGAAACAUACAAAGAGCUUUAUUCAGAUGAUGACCAUUUCGGAAGUUCAGUUUUAACGAAUUUACUGUUUGGCCAAUCAAGUUAUUCGUUUGACAGAAAAAUAAUGAACGAUUUAAAUGAUCAAAAUACUGAAAAUAGUUUGGAAAAUUUUGAAAAUCAUGAUACACUUAUGAAUGGUUAUCCUUUUUCAUCUAUCAAAUUUAAUUUCCUAGAACAAAAUUAUUCACAGAAAUAUGAUAUUGAAGCUUGUAGUAGUACAAUACCUCGAAAAGGUCGACAUUAUAAAACGGAAUUGUGUAAACGUUAUUUAAACAGUUCUAGUGGAGAUUGCAGUUAUGGUGAUAAAUGCCAAUUUGCGCAUGGAAUUAAUGAACUUAGAUUUGCACCACGUCAUCCACGGUAUAAAACUGAAAUAUGUUGUAGUUUUCAUGUUUUUGGAACAUGUAACUAUGGCAGACGAUGUGAUUUUAUUCAUGAUGAACCAUUGGAAAAAUUGAUUCUUAUACGAUUACAAAAUCAAUUAUUUCAAGCCUAUCGAAAAAGUCAUCCACAUGUACAAGAAGUUCGUUUGAUUGAGUUGCUAGGAUUACAAGAAGAUAAUUGGGAGAGUUUAAAAGUGUUAUCAUCAACAUUGUAUGAUGACAAGACGGUUGCUGUUAAUGAUGAUUAUUCUUCUGUUAUUACUAAUAGAGAACUUUAAUAUAGCAUACGCGAAGGACUUGUCGUCAUAGAGAUAGAUGAAUGUUUCUUAUAGGUAGAUUAUUAUAAUUGAUUAACUAAAUUUAUUAUAAGCGUAAUAUAUUUGCAAUUUUUUUUUCUGUUUUAACCAUUUUCAUUAGAUAAAUUCUUGUUUACAUGAUAAUAUAUAUUUAAAAAAUUUAUUUUCUAAAAUUAUGUACAAUGUUUUUACUGAAAUAAUAAUAUGGUAACUAAUAAUAAAUUGAUAUUA